GAAAUUAGUUAGUGGUGUAUCGAAAUUGGACUCCUGUGGACAUUGUUCACCGAGUACCUAUCUAUACGGAGAUAAAAUAUUGACUUUUCGCAAGUCAACUAAAGACAAAUAAUUAUAUUACAAACCAAACACUGCUAAUCUAAAUAACAUAAUACGUUCUUUCAACCCAUAGAUGGUGUUAGUAGCGAUUAUAUCGUUUAUUGUCAAUUCUGACUAACCCCCUCUUUUAAAGAAAGUAUAUAAGAUAGCGACGGAAAUCGUGGAGAUGGUAUUUAGAUUUAGAGACAGUCAGCGGUAGUACGAUGAUCUCGUCUCCCUGGUUGGUUAGUUGUAAGCAGUUAUAAGUAGCAGCAUCCAGCAAACGGACAAUAACCGUUAAAGUAUUAAUUUGAAAUUUUUGUGAAAGAUUAUUUGUAACUUUAAGAUUAUUAAUACUAAGUCAUAAUUUUAUUUUUAAUAUUUGCUAUAAAAAAGGAACAAAUUUUUGGUCAUUUAUCUGAGUAAGAUAAUAAAUAAAUUAUGGAAAUAGACAAUAGUAAUACACCUUAUUCAAAAAACGGUAAUCGCGAACAAGAUAAGAUAUUGCUUCAACCAUUUAAUUAUAUUGUUCAAAUUCCUGGGAAACAAGUAAGAACUAAAUUAACAAAUGCCUUUAAUUAUUGGUUGAAAAUACCAGAUAAUAAACUUCAAGCUGUUGGGAGUAUAAUACAAAUGCUACAUAAUUCAAGUCUCCUGCUUGAUGAUAUUCAAGAUAAUUCUAUUUUAAGAAGAGGCAUUCCAGUAGCACAUUCCAUUUAUGGCGUGCCAAGUACCAUAAAUGCUGCAAAUUAUGUCUUAUUUAUUUCCUUAGAGAAGGUACUUUCCUUAAACCAUCCUGAGGCAACACAGGUAUAUACAGAACAAAUUUUAGAGCUUCACAGAGGUCAAGGCAUGGAAAUAUAUUGGAGAGAUAAUUAUAUUUGUCCUUCUGAAUCAGAAUAUAAACAUGUGACUGUUAAAAAAACUGGUGGACUCUUCAAUUUGGCUGUAAGAUUAAUGCAACUAUUUUCUACUUGCAAGGAAGAUUUUUCAAAACUAGCAGGAAUUAUAGGUCUUUACUUUCAAAUACGAGAUGACUACUGUAAUUUAUGUGAUCAAGAAUAUACAGAAAAUAAAAGUUAUUGUGAAGAUUUAUCUGAAGGAAAAUUCAGUUUUCCUAUUAUUCAUGCAAUAAAAAGUCAUCCUGGAGAUAGUCAAAUAAUGAAUAUUUUAAGGCAACGAACUAAGAAUGUUGAAGUAAAACGUUAUUGUGUCAAUUUAUUAGAAAAAUUUGGAUCAUUUGCUUAUACAAGACAAGUUCUUGAAUCGCUUGAUAAAAAAGCUAGAGAUGAAAUAGACCGCCUUGGAGGAAAUCCAUUAUUGAUAAAACUUUUAGAUGAAAUUAUAAAUUGGAAGUCUCCAGAAACUUGACUAAAAGUUUAAUUUAACAUUCUAUUAUCUGCUUAUUUUAUUUAAGAAUGUAUAUAUAUGAUAUAAUACUUAAUAUUUUUUGUGUA